UUAGACACAAGUCGGAAGAGAUAGAGCGACACACAAAGAACUGGUAGGGACUUUGUUUAUAAACAGAUCGUUACAGACAGCAGGAUCACAGCUGGUUUAACUGCUCAUAUCUUCAUCUUAAGGUUUCUGAGCCAGGUUAUUUUCAAACUCAAUGAGAAGAGGAAAGGCCGGACCCGAAUUCCUGGCAGCAUGGCCGAUGAUGUAGUGAAACUGCCUCUUCGGCGCCUGGAGCUGCCCAUACACAAGUUUGUCAAGGUGGCAAUUCCCAUUGACCUGGAACGGUUGAAAAAACACCAGAUAAAUAUCGAAAAGUACCAGCGCUACCGACAGUGGGACAGACUGCACCAGGAGCACAUCCAUGCCAGCCGUACUGUCCAGCAACUGCGUGCAAAUAUCCGGGAGAUGGAGAAGCUAUGCCAGCGUGUGCGUGACGAGGACACGCCGGCACUGGACAAAAUCAUCCUCCCGAUUAGGCAGCAGGCGUCCACUGCCGCUGUGGAGUUUCUGAGACUGCACUCGGAGUCCGCUGAGGAGCUAAGCCACCAGUACACCGCAGCAGCCAACCAGCACUCCAGCCUGACCCGCUCCCUCACUGAUCAAGGAAACCUCUACAGUGGAUCCAGCGCUCCAGAGGAAGGAGGAUCCCAGGCGAUGGUUCAGAUGCUGCUGCCUUUUCCGGAAAUCCCCAAAGACCAGAAUGCAGCAGAAUCCUGGGAGACACUGGAAGAGGACUUGAUUGGGCUGAACGGUUUGGUAAAUGAGUUCUCUCAGCUGGUUCAUUCUCAACAGGAGAAGAUUGACAGCAUUGAAGACAAUGUCAACAGCGCCGCUGCAAACGUUCAAGAGGGAACCAAGAACCUGGGGAAGGCUGCAAAGUACAAGCUGGCUGUGCUGCCAGUGGCUGGUGCCCUUAUUGGAGGGGUGGUGGGGGGUCCCAUUGGUCUCCUGGCAGGGUUCAAGGUGGCAGGGUUGGCAGCUGCGGUGAGCGGGGGCCUGCUGGGCUACGCAGGCGGGAAUCUCCUCCAGAAGAACCGCAAGACAAGAAUCGAUCAAGACCUCAAGCAACUAUCCACCAGCUGCCCUGACUUCAAUGACCAAUGCGGCAGCAAAUCAGAGUGAACGCUGCUCUGGGGAGUGUGUUCAGAGAGACCUGUGUGGACCAAGGUGUACCUCAGACUCGCACUGACGGAUCUUGUUCUCCUGGUGGCUACUGUACCGAGCACGUUUUCUUUUCUUUUUCACUGAAAAUACUGUGAUGUUGUGGUACUGGGAAUUACACACUGCAGUUCGUUAUGACAAUCCUGAAAAAACGUAUACACUACUAAGGACCCCAUUGAAAUAAAAGCCACCACUCUCCCAUUAGAAAAUGGUCCCUUCACCUCUAUCCAGUUAUUAUCAUAAGAGGACAGAUCUCCAGUGCACAGUCCAAUUAUUUGAAACAUGCGUUAUAACCAAAAUAUUUGCUUUGUCAAUGCAUUCUGCUGUGCAAAUGCCUCUGAGCUGAAAAACUGCCCCACAAAAAAGCACAUGGCUGAUUAGAAUUAUAAAAAUAAUAAAUAAAGAAUGCAGAGCUUCCUAUAUCAUAAAAAUAAACAAGCAGAAAUUAAACAGUUAUAGUAUCUCAGGAGGAUCAGAUGUCUUGUCUAAAGCUUCAGUCCCAUUUGGCUACCUGCUCUCUUGCCUGUUAAAAUGACCUUACUUCCUGCUGCUACCAUAAACCUACUGUGGUCUCACAAGCCAAAAUAUUUGUAUAUGUAACAAAAACAAAACAAAAUUAAGAGCUCCUUCAUGAAAAAAACAAAACACGGUCAAGAUUCCAACUCUACAUCCGAGAUGCGUUUACACAGUAGAAUCUGGUAUUUCCCAGAAUGCUGUUUGUUAUUCAGCUUGCCAAGACAUCAAAAAGAAAAAAAUGGCCCUUUGGUAAUUUAGCGAAUUUGAAAACGUGUUCCACGAUACACAGCACCGCACAGUGGCUGAAUUUUGUAAAUGAUGCUAACUCACUUCCUCAAUGGGAUGUUUUUAUCAAACAGUGACAGGUGGCAGCAAGGAUCUUAAGCCAAUUCUGAUUUUUUUUUUUUUUUUUUUUUUUUUUUUUUUUUUUUUUGCAAAUGCCAUGUACCUACAGUUAAAAUCUGUCCUAGGUGGUCACCCUUGCUGCUGGUGAUAAUUCUUAAUGACUCUGCAGGAUAUAGGUAUUAUUUUUAGAUAGUGAUGCAUUCUGUUUUGGGAUUAC